UUUCAGAUAAACUAAUUGCCCAUUCCCAUAAUAUGGAGUGCAAAUGUGAGACUCACGAUUGCUGGAAGUAAAGGAAGUCUCUCCUGAGCCUCUUGUGAUGCUGAAAAGUUUUGAAAAUGAUCCUGCUAGAUGCGCUUGUCCUUGUGUUUCUAUCGAUGGGGAUACUCAGUCUUAUUCCUACCUUGUUCCCAAGUGCAAGAGAAUCCCCCUUGGCGGAGUUAGCAUUCAAAUAUGGCAAAACAUCGCCCAGAAGUCAUGGGAAUCUUUCUCUACUUUUCGUGCCGAAGAGGUGGUUCUCGCAUUUUUACAUCGUGGGUUGCGUAGCUGUCAUCUCAGAAGGAACCAUGCUUCUGCUCGUUCUCUCUGGAUAUCAAAUCCCUGUUUCGUGUUGUAGUUUCAUCAAAGCGAUCUUUGGCACUUGUAAUGAUUAUAGAUCAAAUUCUGGAGGCUACGUUAUCGGAUUCUGCCUGUAUGGACUGCAGGUGAUGCGGAGGUUGUACGAGUCCAUCUGGGUCAGCAUCUACUCCGAUGGGAAAAUCGCUUUGCAUCAAUAUGCAGCUGGAAUGUUCCAUUACCUUGGAGCAUCCAUCAUAUUAGUUAGCAGAAUUCCAGGCUUCUGUUCCUUGGAUGAUUCAUCGUGUACACAGGGAAAGGUGGACAUGACCUGGAAGUUAUCCGAUGCUUUUGGUAUCGUCAUAUUCUCUUGGGCUUGGUUCCAACAGCACAAGUGCCUACAAAUUCUUGCCUCACUACGACGAGUACAUGGAGGUGGAGACUCAGCACAAGCUGCCUCGAGGUUCUUGGUUCGACCACGUCACAUCUCCACAUUUCCUCUUUGAGAUUCUCAUCUACUUGGCAAUUCAAGUGUUACUUGGGCUCAAUCACACUGGAUGGAUAGCUGUCACCUUCUGGGUUACUUCCAAUCAGGUGAAACUCCUAAGCCAUUCCAUGCCUCUCUUAGGGGACCCCUUACGGGUCACGAGUGCAUUGCUGGCUCACGAGUGGUACAGGGAAAGAUUCAAGGAAGUUAUCACUUCCAAGAAGAAUGCCAUUUUUCCAGGCAUUUUAUGAUUAUCUAUUGCAUUCCCUUAUCUCCGACCUUGUCAUUGGAUUCUCACCAUAUAACGCUGAUCUCGACAAUUAGUGAUCGUUGAGCAGCAUGUGCUCUUUUAUGAGGUUCCAAUAUCAGGAGAUGUGAAGUUUCUGCCGGACACUAAACAGUACUGUGUUGUGCCUCAUGAAUCAAUAAAUUAAUAAAUCUAGAAAUGAUAUUCGAUAUCACUGACUUCUGGGCCGAAAUGAUCUAUGAACUAGCACGAUUUUUCAC